AUGUUCUAUUUCCUAGCAAGUCUCCUGCUGUCGCAUAGCUUGGGAGUAAAUGCGCGGUCUCAACCCAUCCCAAUACGGUCAACAGGAAAUCCAAUCCUUGCUGACGGAUCGUACUUCUCUGCCGACCCGGCCCCACUAGUUGUUAACAACACCCUCUACAUUCUGGCUGGUCACGAUGCCGCACCUGAAAAUGAAAACAGCUUCAUCAUCAACGAAUGGGAAAUGUUCGUCUCUACAUCGACGCCCGAUCCUGCAGGUUCAGAGUGGGACUUUUACCCCGGGAUUAUUCAGCCUGAAGAUGUCUUUGCGUGGGCUUCUCCUGGAACAGCCUAUGCUGCGCAGAUUGUGGAAGGGCCAGAUGGACGGUUUUAUCUGUAUGCGCCAGUCACCGAAGCUCAAUCAAACAACGCAGACAAGUUCGCGAUUGGUGUUGCUGUUGCAGACAGUCCACUAGGGCCUUUCAAGGACGCACAUGCAUCUGGACCUGUUCUCUCUCAAUCCAAGCCUGCUCCAGGGAACGAUAUCCAGAACAUCGACCCCACGAUCUUAGUGGAUGACGAUGGAAAGAUCUACGUCUACUAUGGUACCUUCGGAGACCUUCGUGGAUACCAGUUCGAAAGCGACAUGGUGACUCCAAUUGGUGAGGUCACCACUGUUUCGACCUUGACUGGUUUCUUCGAAGCGCCAUGGCUCAUGAAGCGCAAUGGCACGUACUACAUGCUGUAUGCUGCAAACAACGCUGGACCGGACUCCCCAUGUACCCCUACAUCUUACCACGCCUGUAUUGCAUAUGGAACAGCUAGUUCACCAUUGGGUCCCUGGACAUUUCGAGGUGUUCUGCUCGACAUCGUGUCUUCUACAACGUCACACCCUGGCGCGGUCGAGUUUAACGGUAGUUGGUUCCUCGUGUACCAUACCGCAGAUGCGGACACGGGUGGCAACUUCCGACGCAGCGUCGCAUUCGAUGAGAUGACCUUUGACGAUGCGCAAACCCCACCGGGCAUCAACAAAGUAGUGCAAACACGCCGUCCUCCACGACCAUCUCGUCCAACACGCAACGUUGCGCCACUUGCAAAGGCUAGCUCUGCGAACACAACACCAAUCCAGUACUGGAUCGCUGCUGUGAACGAUGAGAAGAUUCCAUCGAACCCCCUUCCGCCGGAAUACUGGAGUUCCUACGCCGACGAACAGUCACCACAGAAUUCUACACUCACGCUUACCUGGAACACAACUCUAGCUUUGAACGGCACUCGUAUGGUAUUUUUCGCAGAUCAACCUGAUGGCUCAGACAUCGGCGUACCCCCACCUGCUAGUUGGCGCAUGGAAUACUUGUCGGAUAGUGGAUCGUGGGUGGCAAUUGAGAGCACAUACCCAACGACAGUGACAGACGGUCCUGAUGAACUCGGGUUUGCCCAGAUCAAUACAAAGUCAGUGAGGGCUUUAAUAGUUGCAUCGGGAAGUAACGGUCAGUUCGGUGGGGUGGCAGUGAAGGAAUGGGAGGUUUUCUCCACAACAGCUAGAUGA